CCGCGAGGGUUCAAACACCGGCCAGCAGCGCUUUUAGCGCGAAGUGCUCGAAAUUUUCGAACUCCCGUGGGAAGACGCCGUCGAGAAGACGGAAGACGGACACUGGAAGACAGCGAGCGCCUGCAACAACAGACGACGCUGUUCUUGCAGACGAAAGAGAUUGACUAUAAUAACAGAUUUCCGUAGAGUUCGUUCCUGUGCGUGCGACAGAGAAGACGUCAAAGUGUAGAUACAUUAUCGAACGUGAUACCUCGUGGCAGGCGUUAGGAGUAUCGAACCGACAACUAGUCUCAUAGAAGAGAAAACAAGUUCGAGUACUGCUUCGAGCAACGGUAAAGCAGACGACCGACGACGCACUUUCGAGACAGACGACAGCGAAGCGAAACGACGAAGAAGAAACAUGCCGAGGGGCUUCCUCCUCCAGCGCUACACUCGCCACAACUCGGACGGCGAGGACAACCGCUCGGACUCGUCGUCUUCCUCGGACGACCACGAGGACGUCGUCCGAUUUGCCUGCUCCCCGCCGGCAGCCGUUGUCAAGAGCUGCGAGUCGCUUCUACUCCGGGCCAGCGCUCUACUACAGCCGGACCAUGCGUCUCCGCCGCAGUCUUCCCAGGAAGCGGCUAAGAGAAAAAAACUCUCUCCCGCGGGUCCACCGCCCCUCUUACACGGAAGCCCUCCACGGAAGAGCGCCAGCGUGGGCGCUCCCCACAAAAGCUCCUCCAAUACGUCCCCUUCCCCGCACAACAACAAAGCUGGUGGAGGAAGCACCGGCGGGACGGCAAGCCCGAACGGCGCCGCCAAGUCGGCCGUGCGCCGUCUGCUCUUCGACGACGACACGCUUUCUCCGGUCUCCGGCACCUUCAUCCGGCCCUACAGCGACGAGGACGACCUGGAGCUGGACGAAGACCUCGACUACGACAUUCCGGCCGCGCUCAAUCCCGUGGUGGUGAGCGAGGAGGCGCGCGCCGAGCUCGCCAAGAUCGAGAACAAGAUCGGCGCCUACGUGUGCCGCCUUUGUCGCCAGCGGUUCGGCGACGCGUUCGGGCUCGCUCAGCACCGGUGCUCGCGCAUCGUGCACCUCGAGUACCGGUGCCCGGACUGCGCCAAGCUGUUCAACUGCCCGGCCAACCUGGCGUCGCACCGCCGCUGGCACCGGCCCAGGAACGAGACGGGUGGCAGUGCGUCGCCUUCGGCAGACUGCAAGCAGCAGCAGCAGGGCUCGUCCACCUCGGACGAAGAGGCGGCAGGGCCGUACGCGUGCCCCGUCUGCCCCAAGAGGUUCCGCAGGCUCGCCUACCUCCGCAAGCAUGCCAACGUUCACGCGCAGGCGGAGGCCACGUGAGAGUGGGGCGACUUUCUCACGUGCCUCGUCACCCUGCCUCAUCAGUCACCGUCCAAGGCAAGCCGGGAGCAAGCCUGUGUGGUGCGGCUCCGUCGCAGUCGUUGCGGUGGGGUCCCGAGACGACACCGGUGCUACCCUGGUGCUGCACUUGUGCUUCGGCGGAGUCAGUCAAAAGCCCAGACUUGUGCUGUCGGAGCCGCGUACAGCUCUGCGUUGUUGAGAGCGUUCCUGCAUCUGUGAGCCGAGGGUCUUGUUCGCAAGGAGAUCUAAAACGAAAUUCUGAAACGGCGGUCUCCGAAGCCUCGAACUAGCACACGUGUUAUAGGAAGAAGCUUAUGCUUACAAGUUAAAGACAGCAGAGGUGAAAAAAGCAGAAAAAAAAAGCACGGAGCGCCAUGCUGCACAUUACGCCGAGCGCGGAUCCCCUAGCUCUUCCGAAAUAAUUUUAAUUGUAGUAUAACAUCACGGACUGGCCAGUGUUAACGCAAACGCCGCUCUUGGUCUCACGUUGCUUUCGCCUUGUUAAGCGGGAUAGAUAUUGCACGACGUAGCAUCGAAUAUGACGUGUGAGGCGUUUAAAAGAUGGUUUGCGCCCCGGCGGUUGCAUCAUUUUGGAACCUGGCAGUACCUGGUGGAACCCGUGGGAACUUGUUCGGUGCGCCCGUCGGUACUUGAAGUUGUGCGCCGAAUGGGAAGCUAAUUGACAACUCGCGCCUCUUGCCUUAUAUCUUCCUUGCGUCCCCCGUGUAUCCUUAACUGUUGCUCGAAAGCCCACGAUAAAAAAAAAAAAAAUGUCAGCAUUGUUCAUACCGUCCGAGUUGCGAUGCUUGACGCGAUGCAAGCUUUCAAACUAAGGAUUUGCGAC